AUGUGUAUAGAAUUAAUUGUGCAUGAUUUCUUAGAUUGUUAUUGGGUAAGAUCCACAGUAAAACUCUGUAAACUUAUAGCCUCCGGUUAUAACUUUCAUACCUCAUUUUACAUAUAUCUAAUAUUCCAUAAUGUCUGCAUUGUCUUUGCAGUACUUGGUCAGGAACUUAAAAAAACUAUCAACGCCUGUAUUAGUGACAAUGUUACUUUGUUCUUUGAUCUCCCUCAAAGAAAGGAUCUUACAGUGGGAAGUUAUCUUGUGUAUAAAUAUGAUGUAAAGGGAGAUCCAACCUUUGCCAAAGUAGCUGAGAAAAAAUUGGAAACUUUGAUGGAUGUUGUGGAAGGACGGCUAUUAAUUGACUUUUAUGAUGAUUCGUCACAGCUGAAAAAUGUAGUGUUACUGAAUGUGCAGAAAAAUGAUGUUUCUAAUUAUAUUCUUGUGAUUAAUUACACCAAUGCUGCAAAACAGUCGCCAGAAUAUGUCCUGGAAUUGCCAGUAAAAGAUAUUUGCUUUGAGAAUCCCAAGGAAAAGGAUGGAUGUGUUUUUUCAACUUGUUUCACAGGAGAAGAUGGGACUCUAAUGAAUAAUGAGACGGGCAUGACAGAGACAGUGAAUGGCUACAAAGUGAUAUCAAACUGUACAAGUGGUGUAACUGUCAGCUAUAAAUGCUGUAAUGCAGCUGGGGAAUGUGAGCAGCAAAUGCUCAAAGUACCAGAACCUGUCGAAGAUUUUGAUAAUUCUGAUUCUGAUGAAAAUGGCGGACCUUCAUAUUUGACAAUAGUUGGUAUAUUUGGAGUUUUGAUAGGCCUUGCUCUCAUCAUUGGCAUUGUAGUGUUCCUAAUGAAACGCAGAAAUAAAUGA